AUGAAUUUAUCAUCAGUCGAAAUCGAUACACAUUUUCCUGUUGGAGAAUGUUUACCUAAACAACCAACGGGAGCUUUACAAUUAUUAACAAAACAUCCUCAAUAUGAUGGACGACAAGUUACAAUUGCAAUUAUUGAUACAGGAAUUGAUCCUCUCGAACAACUGGUGCAGCAAAUCGACGCCAUCGAUACGUUCGUAAACAAUUUGAUGUUAAAAGUAGCUAAUGGUGAAGUUAUCACGGUUGUCGAUCUUCAAACAUUAGUAAGAGAUGCUGUAGCACGCCCAUCACUUUAUGCAGAAAAAGAACGCUUACGAAAAGAACGUAAUCAGUUAGAUGAUAUCGACGAUCAAUAG